AUGCAAACUACCGAUAUUGAAAAAAUUGUUUUAAAUAGUGGUGUCGGGUCAGCCGUUAGUGAUAAAAAAUUCCUUGAUAAUACCGAAAAAGCCCUAGUUCAAGUUGCCCACGGACAAAAGCCGAUUUUAACUUACGCCCGCAAGUCUAUUAUCACUUUUAAAUUACGAGAAGGAAUGCCAAUUGGUUGUAAAGUAACUUUACGAAAAAAAAGAGCGUGGGACUUUCUGUUUGAAUUAAUAAAUAUAAACUUGCCUCGUAUUGCCAAUUUUCAAGGGUUUUCGCAGAAAAAGUUUGACCAGGUGGGAAAUUAUAACCUCGGAAUAGAUAAUUUAAAUAUUUUUCCCACCGUUCCUUAUGAUUUAACUUUUAAAAAUCAAGGAGUCCAAAUUACUAUUGUGUUUAAGUCUUCUUCAUGA